ACAUGUCCGGUCCUCUUUAUGGGUGGUUCUGCCGACGAGUGUGUUCCAAUCCUAGAGUACCUAUCAGAAGCCUUCAGAAGACGAGGAGUGACUGGUCGAGACAAUUACGAGAUCAUCAUCUAUGAAGGCGCGGGGCACAUCUUGGAGCCGCCCUAUGGUCCAGUUUGCACGUUCGCCUACGUCAAUGUCAUGGAUAUUGUGAUGGCUCUAGGAGGCCGGCUGAAGGAGCACGCAAAGGCACAGGAGGCUGCAUGGGGACGGAUACUGACAUUCCUCAAGAAACACAUUGGCAGAGAUGUCAACCAAGGAAGCCGCAGACAGUCUGACCAACCGACAAAAUCUAAACCAGAGACCACGAGAUCAAAACUCUGACCGGAAUGCACACACUCUAAAGUUUGUAAACUUUCUUUAAUCGGUAUAAUCACCACCGGGGUUGGAACGUGGAUCUUUGGAAAGCCGAGGUCCAAUCUUCAAGCUUCCAACAUUAUAUUAGAGAAGUACAUUGGUUUAGGGAAGUAAAAAUGAGCCUUAUUCUGUUUCUUGAAUGCGUGAGGCACUGUCCAGAUUGCACAUUAUGUAUGUGAAGGUACUUUCCAUAAAAUAAAAAUCGGUGGGGGAAAGAGGGGAGAGAUUCGCUCUUUUCACACUUCCGCCAUGGGCAUGCAGAGCCUCGAU